CUCAUGCGCGACGAGCGCAGCCUCGCCUCCAUGGGCAACCUCUACGGCCACUACCCCAAAGACAUGCCGGCCAUGGGCCAGCCCCUGUCCCCGCUGCCCAAUGGCCUGGGCUCCUUGCACAACGGCCAGCAGCCGCUGGCCCCCUACGGCCCCGGGGGGCACCUGGCCAACGAGAAGAUGCUCUCGCCCAGCGGCUUCGAGUCGCACGCGGCCAUGCUCUCCCGGAGCGAGGAGCACCUGGCCCGCGGGCUGGGGGCGCCCGGCUCGGGCAUGAUGCCCCCACUCAAUGGCAUGCACCCGCACGGGCCGCCCCAUGCCCAGCCCAACGGGUCGCUCCUGGGCGAGCGGGAGCGGCAGGCGUCCACCUCCGGCUCGCAGGCCGGCGGCUCUGGGCAGGUAGAGGAGAUCAACACCAAGGAGGUGGCGCAGCGGAUCACGGCCGAGCUGAAGAGGUACAGCAUCCCCCAAGCCAUCUUUGCCCAGAGGAUCUUGUGCAGGUCUCAGGGCACCCUCUCGGACCUGCUGCGGAACCCCAAGCCCUGGAGUAAGCUUAAGUCGGGCCGGGAGACCUUCCGGAGGAUGUGGAAGUGGCUGCAGGAGCCGGAAUUUCAGAGGAUGUCGGCGCUGAGGCUCGCAGCUUGCAAACGCAAAGAGCAGGAGCAGCAGAAAGACCGGAGCCUGCAGCCCAAGAAGCAGCGGCUGGUCUUUACGGACCUCCAGCGCCGCACCCUGAUCGCCAUCUUCAAGGAGAACAAGCGUCCCUCCAAGGAGAUGCAGAUGACCAUCUCGCAGCAGCUGGGCCUGGAGCUCAAUACUGUCAGCAACUUCUUCAUGAACGCCCGCCGGCGGUGCAUGAACCGCUGGCAGGAGGAGCCUGGCACCAACCCCGGGGUCCCCUCUUCUUCUACAAGCACUUUCUCCAAAGCAUGAUGUUCCUUCUUGGCCCCUCUGUAUCCCCUGACCACUCCUUCCUCAUGAGAAAUCAAACCACACACUUAUACACAUGCACCAAUCAAAUGACAAGUCAAACUGACCCAGACCUUAUGGAUGGGUGCUCUUGGGUGCUGCAGGGAAGUUGGCCUCCCUCUCUGGAUUUUGGCCUACUCCUAUAGGAUUUUGCCUUCAUAGUCCAGUCCCAGAAGAAGCUCAUGGCAGAGGGGCAGUUUCCUUUCUCUUGGCGCUCUGAGGAAACUUCCAGUGGAGUGAGUGAUGCC